UUCCUGACAGUUGACACAACACAACCAGAAACUUACCUGUGCUCGUGUGUUUCCUUCACCGCUCUGUGUUUCAUCGGACUUUCUGCAUCUGUGUUCACCUGUGGCUCGCUCCCGGGUCUCCUCGUGCCCCUCCAUGCGCGCUCCCGUGUGCGUGACGCUGUUUGUGUGGCUGCUGAGCGAUGUGACGGCGCGUCAGUUCACGGAGGAGGAGAUGGCUGCUGUCAGACAGCGCAUCAAAUCUAUGUUCUACCAUGCCUACAACAGUUACCUUGACAACGCAUUCCCCUAUGAUGAGCUCCGCCCACUCACCUGUGACGGACAGGACACCUGGGGCAGUUUCUCACUCACUCUGAUUGACGCUCUCGACACUCUGCUGGUUUUGGGAAAUCAUACAGAGUUUCAGCGUGUGGCGUCGCUCCUCCAGGACACGGUGGACUUUGACAUCGACGUCAACGCCUCGGUGUUUGAAACCAACAUCAGAGUGGUGGGCGGUCUGCUGUCAGCUCACCUGUUGGCAGGUAGAGCAGGGAUGGAGCUGGAGCCUGGUUGGCCCUGUUCAGGGCCGCUGCUGAGGAUGGCUGAGGACGCUGCCAGGAAACUGCUGCCUGCAUUCCAGACUCCCACCGGCAUGCCGUACGGUACUGUGAACCUGCUGAACGGCGUCAGUCCCACUGAAACACCCGUCACGUGCACCGCCGGCGUGGGAACCUUCAUCCUGGAGUUUGCCACGCUGAGUAGACUAACAGGAGACGCAACGUUUGAGAACGUAGCUCGCCAGGCCCUGAGAGCCCUGUGGAAGACCAGAUCUGACAUCGGACUGGUGGGUAACCACAUUGACAUCUUGUCUAAGAAGUGGGUGGCUCAAGACGCCGGCAUCGGAGCUGGGGUCGACUCCUACUUUGAGUAUCUGGUGAAAGGAGCCAUCAUGCUGCAGGACGAGGAGCUGCUCAACAUGUUCCUUGAGUACGAUCGAGCCAUUCAGAACUACACCCGAUUUGACGACUGGUACCUGUGGGUCCAGAUGCAUAAAGGAACCGUCUCCAUGCCUGUUUUCCAGUCUCUGGAGGCGUUCUGGCCCGGCCUGCAGUCUCUCCUGGGGAACCUGGACAGCGCAGUGAGAACUUUCCAGAACUAUUACUCAGUGUGGAGACAGUUUGGAGGUCUGCCAGAGUUUUACAGCAUCCCUCAGGGUUACACUGUGGACAAGAGAGAGGGAUACCCACUGAGACCAGAGUUGAUAGAGAGCGCCAUGUACCUGUUCAGGGCGACAGGUGACCACACCUACCUCCAGCUGGGCCUCGACGCUCUGGAGUCCAUCGAGAAGAUCACCAAGACGCCCUGCGGAUACGCCAGCGUUAAAGACCUGCGAGAUCACCAGCUGGACAACAGGAUGGAGUCUUUCUUUCUGGCUGAAACCAUCAAGUACCUCUACUUGCUCUUUGACCCCACCCACUUCCUGCACGGCGGGGGGGCGGAGGGGGAUGGGUCCUGGGAGGAAGGAGGCGAGGGGGGGCAGUGUGUUUUAGGGGCGGGGGGAUUCAUCUUCAACACGGAGGCUCACCCUCUCGACCCCGCGGCGCUCUACUGCUGCAGCCGCCAUGCCCAGGACCGCCAGGAGCUCCGGGACAUCCUGCUCAGCCUAUCACAGCCCACGGAGAAGUCCAGCAGCAAAUCAAAGCCGCCUGACAAACAGACAGAAGGCCCUCCCCCCAGCCAAUCAGACAGCAUCGCUCUAAAACCAGGUGAGAAGAGGACACCCCCCCUGCUGUCCUGCCCCGUCCAGCCGUUCAGCGCCCGACUCUCCAUCCUGGGACAAGUUUUCACUGACAACACCUGACGCCCGCCCGAGUCACAUGACCUGUAAUACUUGAUGACAUCAUUCAGUCACUGAAACUGUUGUUUUUUGUUGUCAUUUAGAAAACAUGUUUUUAUAACACAUUACGCCCAGAACACACAGCCUGAGUGAGCAGCCUGCGUGCGUCGCAGAACCUAGGUUUUUCUUUUUUUUCUGCCACCACGUGGCGUGGCAAGGCAUGGCGUGGCGUGGCUGCUGCGGCGGCAAAUCUAGAGAAUAAGAGUCUUGCCUAUUUUCCCAUGUGAUGCGAACAACUUCAGCAAAAAUAGACGGUGAAAAAGAUCUUUUGAUGAUCAUAUUGACAUUAUACCACCUCAUUACAGUUUCAAUAUUUAUAUCUGUCACAGACAAAAACAUAAAUACUUCUUUUAACUCAACACUUCCUGUCUCCAUUUCAAAAUAAAAGACUGCGUUUCUAUGACAGAAUCCCUUCAUUUCUUGACACAAGGCUUUUUUGUGAAAUAUUUGCAGGAUCGCGUUCUUGACAAUAGUUUGGCUGCACAGCUCUAUGACUGACUGAAGUGACGACUUUUAACUGUGGAAAUAUCAUUGUUACAGCAGCAGGCAGCUCUGCAGCAGCAACACUGUCAGUGUGAACAUCGCUCCUGUACAAGCAGCAGCAUUUCGGUGAGGUUGCAUCUCAGCUGCUCACGCAGGCGGCGUGUUGUGGGCGUUAGGAACUGAAACAAUCAGGCGUAUUUCAUCGUCCGCCACCAGGACGUUUGAACAUGUCAGCUGGAGUUUUGAAGAUUCAGUUUCCAAACCAGUUUCAGUCCAGUUUAGGGAUAACAGGUUCUUUUGGUUUUUUGUUGUUGCACUCAGGACGAGUGAACCCAGAACUGUGAUUUUCACUCUGUUGCUUUAAUUUAAACUGAAGGUGAAAUAUAUUUUUAUUUAUUAGAAAUGUUGUGUUGUUUGUUUGAUUUGUCAUAUUUGUUUAUGGUCAGUGUGUGGCUGUUGAGUUCAUACUGAAGACUGAAGAAAAGAGGAAGUUGUGAAAAUGAAAUUAUUUUAUAAUAAAAUAUAGAUAUGAAUUUGAAUUAGAAAAAGCUAAAAAGAAGAAUUACAAUAGACCUCGAAUAACUGAGCUCAAUGUCAAGAAUAAACAUCUACACUUAAAUGCAGAAUUUACCCCCCCCCCCCCACACACACACACACACACACACACACACACACACUGAGAUGCAGACCUGUGUGUGUCUCAAUAAAACACCAUCAUGAUGUCAGUGUGUUCUGUACAUGAAGCUGCAGUUGUGUAAUUGUUUGGAGCUGCCAGGAGGGGGCAGUAUAUCAACUCUAAGCAGCACCGAAGUGUUUAUCCAUCAUCAGCUACAUCUGUGCAGAGCUGUGACACUCACUGUCUCUGACCCUGAGAGAGCUCCGGGUUUGACACAUGCACAUCAACUGGAGCAGUGAUGUUGGAGGUUUUUAGUGAAUGAUGCUAGAGAUACAGGGAUGGUGUCGCUCAGGUGCUCUGUGGGGGCGCUAGGCCUGACACAACUUUUGGGUACACUUAUAUAAAGUAUUUGUUAAUUGUCUUUUAUCAAAGAUCUUUUUAAUAAUUACAUAUAUAUAUAUAUAAAUAAAAUGUAAUUCUCACCCA